AAACUGGGCGUGUUGUCGACCAUUAAUGUCAUUCUGGGCAAGACUCUGGGUGUCAGUGCUUACACGGUCCCAUCGGCCAUAUUUGAAGGUGUCGGGUCAGUGGGCAUGGCCCUGUCACUAUGGAUCAUUGGCGCCAUUAUAUCUUUCUGCGGCAUGGCCGUCUAUCUAGAUCUCGGCACGGCGAUGCCCAAGAGCGGUGGUGAACGCGUCUACCUCGAACGCAUAUUUCGGAAACCGUACAUGUUGGCGACGUUUAUGUUCAUGUCGUACGCUGUUUUGCUGGGAUUCUCGACUCCGAACGCGAUAGUGCUGGGGGAUUACGUUCUUUACGCCCUGGGCAUCCAACGAAAUCGAUGGAACGUCCGUGCGAUUGCUGUUCUGGCCGUGUCAGUACUCUGCUACAUCCAUGCCCGGCAUCCGAAACUCGGUCUCAAGCUUAUCAAUAUCCUUGGCGUGGGGAAGCUGGUCAUCCUUGUGAUAGUAAUCCUGUCUGGGAUUGCUGGCGGCUUGAUGGGCGUGGGACGUCUAGGCGCAGUAUUGGAAGGCAGACGGUUUGACGUACCGUUUUCUGUCGACCCGACUUUGAGCACGGCACAGCGUAACUUUAGCAACAUCUGGGCUGGGUCGUCGAUGCAGCCCUACGACUAUGCAACCGCACUCCUGAAGGUCGUUUACUGUUUCAGGGGCUACAGUACCGCCAACCAAGUGCUCUCCGACGUGAAGAACCCCGUGCGAACCCUUAAGGUCGCCGCACCGGUGGCACUGGGCGUCGCAUCUCUCUCCUACCUCGCCAUUAACAUCGCCUUCUUCCUGGUAGUCGACAAGGCAGACUUCAAAUCCUCCGGUAUCGUCGUGGCCGGGACUUUCUUCUGCAACGUCUUUGGACAAUCGGUGGGAACGCACAUCCUACCCCUUUUCGUCGUCAUAUCCGCAGCAGGCAACAUCGCCGCCACGUCGUUUUCCCAAGCGAGAGUAAACGAGGAACUCGCCAAAGACGGCCUUCUCCCCGGCAGCAAAUUAUGGGCAACCAAGCCCAGCACCGCAGUUUCUCUCGACCAACUGAACGAGCCCUUUAAGAAAACCCGCCUGCCUCUACCAGGCUCUGACACCCCCACAACCCCCUCCCGCGGCCUCCUCCUCCACUGGCUCGUCUCUGCCUCAGUAAUCGUGCUCCCUCCCCCAGGCAGAAUCUACAACUUCCUCGUCGACAUCGGCGGGUAUCCUGUGUCGGCUAUUUCCGUCGCCGUCAGUCUCGGGCUUUGGUAUCUACACGCCACCCCGUCAGAACGCUGGAGCUCCCCACACCCCGCAAACUGCAUCAGCAUCGUCGUCUUCGCUGCCUCGAAUUGCGUACUCCUUGUUUUCCCCUGGAUCCCGCCCCAACGCAGUGGUACUGGGGAGCAGGGGCAGGGAGAAGGAGAUGGGUUUCCUUCUUAUGCGUACCCGGCUACGGCGUUGGCAGUGUUGGGGAGUGGGGCGGUUUAUUGGGGGUGGUGG